AUGAAGGUGGCCGUGCUGGACCUUGGGUCUCUUUUUGCCAAAAUCUUCAAGACCUCGACGGCGUCCCCGGCGGGAGGACCUGCAGCCGCAGGCACCCAGCUUAGCACCGCCCAGACCCCGGCCCCGACUCUCUUCCCGGCCCUGGCUCCCGGCUCUCCGUACAGCCCGCAGCACCCCUUGCUCGCCGCCUCGCAUCCCCGGGUCUCAGCCGCCUGCCGCGUGGCGGAAGCUGCAGGGACCCCGCUGUCACUGCCCAGCAGCCCGAGGGCAGCCAGAGUUCCGCCCCUGCACCCCUCCAGCGGCGGCCCAGCGCGCUCCCCCGCACCUCUGGUGACCCCCGCGCUGCCGACCGUCGUGGGUGCCACGAGCCCGCGGACCCCCGGCCAGUCUGGCCCAGGAGAGCGGGAGCUGGGUGCUCGGAUGCCCCCCGGGCCAGGCCCCAAAACUCUGUUCUUCACCCUGCCGGACAUCGUUAACGUCAUUUCUGUUGCUCAUACUCACUCCUGCAGCGAGUCCCCAUCAUCACUUUCGUCCAGUGGAAGCCACACGCCCACAGAAGCCCAUAGCUCUUGGUCUGGGUCUGCAACACAGAGCUCUACCCCCAGCCUGUCUACGGAGAGGAGCUCAGUUUAUUCUUGGAGAGAUGAUGAGUUUGACAAAGCCAGUGCGCAGAAAGUACAGCAGUUAUUCUGGGAGGUGGAGGAACUGUUGUUUGAAGGGAAAGUAAGCCCCCAGACCCAGAAUCUGCUGGGUGAAUGCAGCGAUUGGACAAGAAGGUCCCUCCAUCUGAGGUCCAGCCAUCCAUUUGACCAGGAGCACACUGCCCAGUUGGAAUAUGUGUCCAGAACACAGGCCUGUGCUGAGACGUCACACCCUUCGUGUGGGUUGUGCAUCUCCGGUUCUCAAAUAGUCCCAGCAGCACUGUCAGCUUCUGCCCUCCCAGGCCUUGAUGGCACAGGGGUUGUGGACCUAAUGGCACGUCUGUCCCUGGAAGAAGAGGUUUAUGAUGCGGAUGGAAAGAUUGAAGAGUAUUUGGCUUUUGACAGGAAAGAGGAUGAUGACGAGUGUCUGGAGCGAAAGCCAGCUCUCCGUAGCAGGAAACUGCAGAAGCUCGGACUGCCUCCCAUUUCCCCUCGAGACUGUAUCCAAGACACGGUGGCAGCAGAGGUGUUUGAUCACGUCUGGACGAAUGUGGUAGCAAUUUUGGAAGAGCUGAUUAGGAAAAUCUGGGAAAUGACACUCAGAGGUACUAACUUGGAGAAUUGGAUUCAUCGCUUCUCUAACAAUUUUUAUAGUGAUUUGAAUGGUGUGAUGACAAUUCAAGCAAAACCGCUGCAGCAGAGACCUACCUGUUUUACCGAUAAAACACAGAAGGAGCAGGAGGAGAAACCCCCAGGUGGGGGCGCCAGGCACCAGCUGGGGCGGAUCUCAGAAACUCCAGGAUCACAGGCUUCUGCCAAGAAAACUCUGGCACACAGGAGGCUGCCUUCUCUUGCUUCCGAUUCACAGAGAAUAAAAACCCCCAACGUGUAUAGUGAUGAAGUUCUUAGGGGGAUAAAACUGCAAACUGGCACAGAGAACCUGUCUUCCCCACCAGUUCAGACCUCACGUAACAGGUUACCCCCAAUAAGCUCAGACCCUGGGGAGCAGAACACAGCAGUCCCUGGACCCCGCUCUGUUUCCUACAGAGGAAGGCACCCACAGAGCCGCGUGUUGAGUGCCGUGCCUAACAGCAUAGAGUUGUCACCUGUUCGAGAAAGAACUAUGACCGUGGAGCAGCUGGUGAGGCCCAGCACAACCCACAUGCUCCAAUCAGAUACACCUCGGAAGGGUUCGUUGAUGCCAAUAGAAUUUGCUGGCCACACGUGGACAGGUCAAAGUAUUUUGACAGGUUCACAAUAUCUGCCUAAAUCUCUUCAGCGGACAAGUUUGACUUCAAGGAAGAGAUUCCAAGUGGCAUCUUGAAAUUACUUCACCAGAACUACAGCACUUAGUGGAGCGUUCAGAGCCUUGAUGCAUUUAUAACUUGAAAAUUGGAUGGACAAGUAUUAUUCUAGUUACCUGUUUGUGUGACAGUGGGAGGUGUUGGACUGAGAGAAAUACAAACAAAUAAAUAAUCUCGAACACUUCGCAUUAUAAAGAGAAUGAAAUGAAAA